AUGAACGCUGCUGUCAGGGCCGUCGCAACCGCUGCUGGGGCACUGGAGCCAGUCGUAGAAGGCCCGGCGGCGAACGCCUACGAAGCCUUGGUCCAGAUCAACGCGGCGCUGCGAAGCAACACCCAGCUGAUCAUGGGCAUGCGGGUAACGGACGCCCGGAGCUUCUUUAAGGCAAUGGACAAAGACGACAGCGGCAGCCUGGAUAAGACGGAAGUGGCCCGGGGCUUGAAGAGGCUCGGCAUUGAGGCGAGUUCAGAUCUCUUAGAUCAGAUCGUGGCAGCCAUCGAUGUAAACAACGAUGGCGUCCUUGAUAUGAAAGAGCUGGUCCGAGCAUUGAAGGACCCUCGAGAGGCGGCCCCGCCGACGGCAAGCGACGGAUCAGGCGGCCCUGGCCCAGACAGUCCCGGCGGUGAUGAUGUCGAAGCCACUGAGCCACCUGCGGCGGCAAGAUCCCUGAGCCCACUGCGCGAGGCCCGUGAUGCUGCUGCGCCCCUUGAAACCUCGGAGCCCACGGAAGCUGCAGAGGAGGCCCCAGGCCCUGCUCCGGAAAGUCCCGAUGCCGUGAUGAUGGCGGCACCGGCGGUAGACUCAGUGCCAAGCCAAAGUGACUCGAAGGAAUCCGCUCAGGAGCCAGCUUCGUCCUCAAGCAUCAUGCCCGAUGCCGCUGCCGAGGCAGAGACGGUGCAACCUACCAGCCAGGCUUCCAGUCCCGCAAGUCCUUCCAGGAAGUCGCGUGUCACCGUGCAGGGCAACGACCGCAACGAGCGCAAGAGCGUCGCAUCGAGGACUGGCGCGAGGCCUUCCCUGAGCCCGACGCAGCUGGGCUCUCGAUGUGGAGAAUCGCUACAGUAA